UCACGGCUGAGCCGGGGGAGCUGGAGCGGCGGCUGGGCUCGGGCCGCCUGGGCGGGGAGCGCGACCCCGGAGCUGGGGCCCUGGCGAGAUGUCUCUGUGCCAGUGUGCGGGGAAGCACAGCGACUCAGACAUGGAGGGCUGCUGCUUCUCGGCGGGCGGGGGCCUGAAGGUGUACCUGCACUGGAGCGGUGAGGAGGAGGAGCGGUGCCAGACCUACACGCAGGGGGUGCUGAGCGCAGAGGAGAUCUGCAUCGACAUUGCCCAGAAAAUCGGGAUCACGCCGCUCUGCUACAGCCUCUUCGCGCUCUGUGAUGUGCAGACCAGAGUCUGGCUCCCUCCCAACCAUGUGUUUGAAAUCAGCAAAGACACCAACCUGAAUCUGCUCUUCCUCAUGAGGUACUACUUCCGCAACUGGCAUGGGAUGAGCGACAAAGAGCCAGCUGUUUACCGCAACGUUCCCCGGCAGAGCGACGCCCUCGAGGACAAGCUGCAGGGCGGUGCGCUUCUGGACAAGUCGUCCUUUGAGUAUCUCUUUGAGCAGGGGAAAUACGAGUUCAUUAAUGACGUUGUGUCUCUGAAAGACCUUCAGAGCGAACAGGAGAUCCACCGGUUUAAGAACGAGAGCUUAGGCAUGGCUGUCCUUCACCUCUCUCACAUGGCUCUCCAGCGAGGCGUCUCUCUCGAAGAAGUGGCCAAAAAAACCAGCUUCAAGGGCUGCAUCCCGCGCUCCUUCUGCCGGCAAAUCCAGCAGAACAACUACCUGACCAAGUUCCGCAUGAGGAAUGUCUUCAGGAAGUUCGUGCAGCGCUUCCAGCGGCACACGGUCAGUGCUGGGAAGCUGACGGAGCAGGACGUCAUGUACAAGUACCUGGCCACCUUGGAGAACCUGGCCCCCCGCUUCGGGAGCGAGCUCUUCCCGGUCCUUUCCCUGGAGACGGCCUCUGAGGGCGAGAAGGGCCUGCUCUAUAUCAACGGAGGGCCCGCGCAGCUGGAGGACAGCUGUGCGUCAUCUCCCAGGGACCGGCCCGCCACCCACGAAGUCCUGGUCACCGGCACCGACGGGAUUCAGUGGCGGACUGUCCCUGUUGAGAGUGCAGAAAGCCACCCCCACCGGGGCUAUUUUGGGAGGAAGACCAAGGCCAAAGAGCUGGACCCCAAAGGGCCAUGUCAGCCAGUGGAGAGGAGCGAGGCCAAGUGGGUGCGCUUCUGUGACUUCCAGGAGAUCACGCACAUUGCCCUUGAGGACUGCAAAGUCAGCAUCAACCGCCAAGACAACAAGUGCCUGGAGCUGGUUCUCCCGUCAUACGAAACGGCCCUGUCCCUGGUGUCGCUGGUGGACGGCUACUUCAGGCUCACGGCCGACUCCAGCCACUACCUGUGCCACGAGGUGGCCCCGCCACGGCUGGUGAUGAGCGUCCUGAACGGCAUUCACGGGCCAAUGCAGGAGGAGUUCGUCUUCACCAAGCUGAAGCGAGAGGAGCAGGAUGGGUUGUACAUCAUCCGCUGGAGCAUCCUCGACUUCAACAGGCUGAUCCUGUCGGUGGUGAAGAGGGACCGAGGCCAGGCCGCCCCCAAGUAUAGGCAAUUCCGGAUCCAGAAGAGAGGCAGCUCCUUCGUGCUGGAGGGCUGGGAGCGGGAGUUCUCCACCGUGCGGGAGCUGAUGGACGUUCUCAAAGGCUGCACGCUCAAGUCGGGAGAUGAGAGCUUCGCCGUGAGGAGGUGCUGCCCACCGAAGCCGGGAGAGAUUUCAGACCUGAUCAUCGCCCGGAGGGUGAAGGACAGCACCAGGCCGAUCCUGAACUUGACCCAGCUGAGCUUCCACCAGAUCCGGAAAAACGAGAUCACCCAGAGAGCUCACCUGGGCCAGGGCACCCGCACCAACAUCUACGAGGGUGUGCUUCAUGUUUGCGGGGGUGCUGGCGGGGACGACGAGGCCGAGUACUUCUCCACCGAGCAGAACAACAACAGUCGGGAGAUGCACGUGGUACUCAAGGUGCUGGACCCCAGCCACAGGGACAUCGCCCUGGCGUUCUUCGAGACGGCCAGUCUCAUGAGCCAGGUCUCGCAUAUCCACCUGGCCUUCGUGCACGGCGUCUGCGUGCGGGGCUCUGAGAAUAUCAUGGUGGAGGAGUACGUCGAGCACGGCCCCCUGGAUGUCUUGCUGCGGAAGGAGAAAGGCCGGGUGUCCGUCGGCUGGAAGAUCAUGGUCGCGAAGCAGCUCGCCAGCGCCCUGAGCUACUUGGAGGACAAAAACCUGGUGCAUGGCAACGUGUGCGCCAAGAACAUCCUACUGGCCAGGAAGGGGUUGGAGGAUGGGUUGCUGCCUUUCGUGAAGCUCAGCGACCCUGGGGUCAGCUUCACGGUGCUCUCCCGAGAAGAGCGAGUGGACCGGAUCCCCUGGAUCGCCCCGGAGUGCGUCCAGGAUGUCGGCAGCCUCAGCACCGCAGCCGACAAGUGGAGCUUCGGCACCACCCUGCUGGAGAUCUGCUUUGACGCGGACGUCCCGCUGAAGGAGCGCACCCCCUCUGAGAAAGAGCGCUUCUAUGAGAAGAAGCACCGCCUGCCCGAGCCGUCCUGCAAGGAGCUGGCCGCCCUGAUCAGCCAGUGCCUGACGUACGCCCCCAGCGAGCGGCCCUCUUUCCGGACCAUCCUGCGGGACCUUACCCAGCUGCAGCCGCACAACCUCGUCGAUGUCACCUCCGUGAGCCCCGACUUCCCCGUCUCAGACCCCACGGUCUUUCAGAAACGCUACCUGAAGAAGAUCCGAGAACUGGGGGAGGGUCACUUCGGCAAAGUGAGCCUGUACUGCUAUGACCCCACCAACGACGGCACCGGGGAGAUGGUGGCCGUGAAGUCGCUGAAGUCCGGCUGCAGCCAGCAGCUUCUCACCAGCUGGAAGAGGGAGAUCGAGAUCCUCAAGACGCUCUACCACGAGAACAUUGUCAAGUACAAGGGCUGCUGCAGCGAGCAAGGGGAGAAGAUCGUGCAGCUCAUCAUGGAGUACGUGCCCCUGGGCAGCCUGCGGGAUUACCUGCCCAAGCACAACGUCAGCCUGGCCCACAUCCUCCUCUUUGCCCAGCAAAUUUGCGAGGGCAUGGCUUACCUGCACUCCCUGCACUACAUCCACAGGGACCUGGCUGCUAGGAACGUGCUGCUGGAGAACGAGAACGUGGUGAAGAUUGGUGAUUUCGGACUGGCCAAAGCCAUCCCCGAAGGGCAUGAAUAUUACCGCGUCUGCGAGGAUGGAGACAGUCCCGUCUUCUGGUACGCCAUGGAGUGCCUGAAGGAGUGCAAGUUCUAUUACGCCUCCGACGUCUGGUCCUUCGGUGUCACUCUCUACGAGCUCCUGACACGCUGCGACUCCAGCCAGAGCCCCCCUGUGAAAUUCAUCGAGAUGAUCGGCGCGACUCAGGGUCAGAUGACCGUGCUGAGGCUGAUCGAGCUGCUUGACAGGGGGAAGAGGCUCCCAAGCCCGAAGGACUGUCCUUGUGAGAUAUACUGCUUAAUGAAAAACUGCUGGGAAUCCGAAGCUUCCUUCCGCCCAGCGUUCAAGAACCUCGUCCCCAUCCUGAAGAACUUCCACGAGAAAUACAAGGCUCAGGCCCCCUCGGUCUUCAGCGUGUGUUGAGUGGGAUGCUUGGGAACUUGCUCGGGGAAGGACCACAGCUGUCUUCAGCUGGAAACUCUCUGGCGGAGAGGCCACUCUGAAGUGCUGGGGAGGGUUGGGACUUCACUUGCUGCCUCGGUGCCUGCUGCUGCGCGGCACCGUCCUACUCGAUCCAGUAGACCGUGUCGUGGAGUCCAGGGAACCUGCCCUGUAAGCAGAGAUGCUGGCGAAGCUUGUCUUGCCACUUCUGAAGUACGGACCUGCUGCUUUGGCCUGGAUUCCUAGGCUCUCCAGGCAGGUGGAUUUUAAUCCUGGAAAGUGGUUUCCUUCUAGGCUAUGGAGCUCGAGGAAGCUGUGGGGCUGUCUAGCAACCAGGCCAAACUGCCUUCCUGGCGCAUCUCAUGGAACCUCCUGGCUUAUGUCAGCGCUGUGCAGUCAGAGCCCUGUGCGCGUUGAAAGGGGCGGACGUGUGAAAAAGCCUCCGUGGAGCCGAACCCGCUGCAUCUCGGGCCGCCAUCAGGAACUCCUAAUGCCUUUGCAGGGAGCUGUGAGGGCAGAGGCUGGAGCUUGAGGGGUGGGUACUGCUGUGGGUACAGGCCUGAAUUUAGCCCUGUAACGCUGCAUCUGGGGCAAGGGGAGGGAGGGGGUGCACGGUUAAGGCCGCUGCCGAGUGAGGGCUCGAAGCAUCAUUUAAAAAGGAUACAGUGGGCUCACGCCUGCUCCCUCCUCCAGCUGGACAGGGGCUCCCAGCCUGCCCUGCUCUGUGGUGCUUUUGCAGCUCAGGGGAACGGGCCUCUCUUGGGCCUGUCCCCUGCCUGUUCUUCACUGAUGCUUUGGUGGUUGAGCUUGGGAAAGCUCUGGCCCAUCCUCUUGUGAUCUUGCCCAGUUGGUACCAUGAAGCACCACCGUGCCUGCUUCUGCUGGCAACCCCCGAGCACCAGCAGAGGUGCUCUACCCCUGGGACAGCGGCUGGCUUCCCAUCGAAAGGCCCCUGAGGGGGCUGCCCUCUCCGCACUGCCUGCUGGGCUUGGCUUUCUCCAGUGCAGACCCCUCUCGCUCCACAGCAGCUGACCAUGGCCUCUGCUGGCCCUUCAGUCAGAGGCCUUUUCUUUGCUCCGGGGUAGCCCUUUGAUGCACUCCUGCAGCCUUGGCUGCCGCCCAGGGGGCAACAAGGGGAGGUCCUGUACCCCACUGUAAGGGCUGUUUGGGGUCCAGAGGGAGCAUGUGUUGGCUACUGCCCCCAUUCACGGGAAACCUCCCUGAACAGGCAGCAGCUGCCCCAGCCUGGCCGUCUGUCUCUCGAACGCCUCAGUGAGACUUCCUCCUGGGACGUACUGAGGCCGUUCACUCUGCUGCCGCCGUCCACAUGCCAACCAAAGGUUUUUCCUGCCUCUCCUCUCCCAGGGACCACGCACUGUGAAUUAGAUCAUGUGGUUGGGGGAGGGGGCUGGAGUCGUCUGGCCUUAAACCAAAUCCGGAUCAAAAGACAAGAACUGCCUUUAUCUGCUCACCAAAUCACAGUCCCACCCUGUCCUCUGGCCACUUAACGCCAGCGUUAGCGGAACUAGUCCUGAAAAAGCCAGUUCGCCCUUAAGCCCUGGUUGUGGGGCCGUGUCUAGAGAAGCAGGGCAAACACCAUCCAGUCGAAUGCCCUCUUCCUCAACAACAGGGACUGCUGAGGUCACGUGUUCUCGUCUUGAUGUCUCAGAUUGUCUCCAUGCGCUGCAGAGACAGCUGCAUUGCCACUUUCAGCUACGUUACAAAACCUGGUGGAGGGACGGCUCAAGCCCCGAAUGAACAAGGCCUUAGCUCCAUGCGCUGCCAACAUCCACUCCUCCAGCAGGCCUGUAGCCUUCAGUGUUAGUUGCUCACUGUCUCACCUGAAUGCCUGGAAUGUAUUUUGCGAAGGAAAUGGGUCUGAGCUGUACCCAGCCCAUCUGACUCUGCAGAACAUUUGGGGUCUGUUGGUUCUCUCUUCUCGCCAGGGAUGAUCCCCGGCUUUGAGCAAGUGAACGUUUGUGGUACUUUAUUACUAAUGAAACAUCAGCAGUUGGGUGUCUCAGUUGGUUCUUCUUUAAAAUGUGAUUCUGGGAGUCCGCUAUCCCUCCAUCUCUUGUAGCCACAGGCUAGAGAGCAGGUGAUAUUGCCUGGUGCUCAGCCUCCGAGCCGAACGGAUUUCAGUACGGUCAAGGAGCCAAAGUCAAUAUGUUACCUGCACCAACGGAAAUAAAGUCACUCAAGCGCCGAUCCUGCUGACCCUGAGGUGUUCGCAGUCCAGGAAGGACUCUGGCAUUGGAGCAGCCAGAGCUGCUCCCACUUCCUUCCCUGCCAGCUGGGCUGCAGCCGGGAAGGGACAUCAGCAGCUCCAAGGGCACGUGGCUGUAGGUCAGACCUGCUCCCAUGGUCUCCCAUAGUAAUGGGGCCAAUGCUUCAGUUUAAUAAUCACAGGACACAGUCAGGGAAUGCUCUUCCAAUUCAUAAUCAGAUGUGUUUUCUUAAUACAUUGAGGGCUACAGAUUGGACACCACUGGCCAGCUACCGCAUUGGACAGCUGUGGUCCCCUGACCUCUCUUCUAGGAGGCUGCUACGUAAGGAAAUCUUCCUUUAGUAUUUGUAACAUACCUCUAGUCUUGCCUUUGUAUCUUGCCACUAUAUUUCCACGUACACAGCUCUUCCCCUGACCAGUCUCUGUCUCCAAAGGCUUAUUCACUCCUGCCCUGGACAACUAGUGAGGAAUCUUCUAAUGUGACCAAUUUGUUGGGUUGGUUCAAAGUAAAUAAAAGGCUUAGGAAGAGACUUGUGUGUAUAAAAAGUGCAAUGUUUUUGUAAAGGAAGGAGGAUCAUUUUGUUUGAGUUAGCAAGGGUCCCUCUUUCUAGAGGGAGGCCUUGGCUUUAUUGUUCCUAAAAUUACGCUGUUAAACUGUAUAAUGGUUGAUUUCCCCACCCCUUAUUUAUUGUCUGCUAUGUAAAUGUCACUGAAAUCACCUCUGCAGUGAGCCAUGUGCCUGGAGUAUGGAGCAACGCUGCCUGCCUCGUGGGGCCAUCCUGCACCAUGGUCUGCGUGUCGACCUUUACGCAAAAAUGGACUUCAGCAAUGUGCCUUGCGUCUUGCCGCUGUGCUGGAGCUGUGACUCCCUCUCCCCAGGGAGCAUGGAUGACUGAACAAGCUGCUGGCCAAAGCGCCUGUGUGUACAGAGACUUGUUUUCUAUUGGACAGUGGGAGAUGAUUAAUGUGAAUGUCACUGGCCUCAGUGCUAAUCUAUUACUGGCUCGUAUAACCUGUAGCUGGUAAUAUCCCUGAACUCUUCUUCAAAUAAAUUACUCUGUCCA